CCGCCCACCUACCCCCAAUUGAAACGGCAGGAAGAGAAUCGAUAAAAGGGCCGCAACGCAGCCACCACCACGGCACCGCCGCCGCCACCCCCGCGCCGACCCGAGCGCCCGCACUCCGACGACUCGCCUCUCCUCUCCAUCUUCCUCUAGCGCGCGCCCCACCACCCUCCCACUCCCAAAACCCUAGCCGCGCGCACCACAUCACUCCCAUGGCGUCCACCGCGGCCGCGGCGGGGACCCCGUCCUCCCCGCUCCUUUCCUCCCGCCGACGCAGCGUCUCCUCGUCGUUCCGCGCCGCCGCCUCCCGCUUCCGCCCGCCGAGGUGCGUGCUCGGGAGCGAGCAGCUGCGUGUGGCGGAGGGGAAGCGGAUGGGCGGGGGCGAGCCGCGGGGCGCCGCGUGGACGCCCAAGGCGCCCGCACAGGAGGCGAGGCUUGCGGCGCUGCCGCGGGAGGCGCGGGACUCCAGGAUGAAGAUCUUCUCCGGCACGGCCAACCGCCCGCUCUCCCAGGAAAUUGCUGCCUACCUGGGCGUAGACCUUGGCAAGAUCCUCAUCAAGCGCUUUGCUGAUGGAGAAAUUUAUGUGCAACUGCAAGAGAGUGUGAGGGGCUGUGAUGUGUUCUUGGUCCAACCCACGUGCUCUCCUGUCAAUGAAAACCUCAUGGAGCUCUUCAUCAUGAUUGAUGCAUGUCGGCGAGCAUCAGCGCGGUCUAUUACUGUUGUCAUUCCAUACUUUGGGUAUGCCAGAGCAGACAGAAAGGCUCAAGGGCGUGAGCCCAUUACUGCUAAACUUGCUGCAAAUUUACUUACGGAGGCUGGUAGUGAUCGUGUCAUUGUAUGUGACAUUCAUUCUACACAAGCAUUGGGGUACUUCGAUAUUCCUGUGGAUCAUAUAUACGGACAGCCUGUGAUUCUGGAUUACCUUGCCAGCAAGACAAUAUCUGAAGAUCUUGUGGUUGUUUCUCCUGAUGUGGGUGGUGUUGUUAGAGCACGUGCAUUCGCCAAGAAAUUAUUUGAUGCCCCUUUAGCUAUUGUUGAUAAAAGAAGACAGGGUCACAACAUGUCAGAGGUCAUGCACUUAAUUGGUGACGUGAAAGGGAAAGUUGCUAUCAUGGUUGACGACAUGAUUGACACAGCAGGAACAAUCACUAGUGCAGCAGCUUUGUUAAAACAGGAAGGAGCAGAAGCUGUCUAUGCUUGUUGUACACAUGCUGUCUUCAGUCCUCCUGCAAUUGAAAGGCUUUCUGGAGGCAUCUUUGAGGAAGUUAUAGUAACAAACUCCAUUCUGCUGCCAGACGACAAAUGCUUCCCUCAGCUGACGGUGCUUUCAAUGGCAAAUCUUGUAGCUGAAACAAUCUGGCAUGUUCAUCGUGAUGGCUCCGUGAGUAGCAUCUUCCAAUAGCAGCAACACAACAAUGACGAACAUUUUCGCGGUAUAGAGAAGGCAACUACUUCCUGUCUAUUGUCGUAGGAGUCAAUUUUGGCGGCAAGAUUAAAUAAGGGUAAGGUUAUACUGCUGAGGUGGCACCCAACAUACGUGCGAUCAAUUUUGUAUCAUGACACCAAGUGUAGGGUGUUCAGCUCCUGACCUCCCUCUUGACACAGGCUCAAUUGCAGUAUAAAAUUGUGGCCCAUGUCCCUCAUAUUUCUUUUGGAUAUUGUGGGACAAGGUAUUCGGGUGUUCAUGUCGUCUUCACAAGAUGACAAUGGCAGAAUUAUUAGCUCCAAUAAAUCGUGCUCUGUUUCUGGAA